AAAAUUUUUAAAGCAAAUAUGGAUCUGGUCCAAGCCCUAGCAAAUGUAUACGAGACACUUUUCUCAGAGAAAGAACGAAAAUACAGCAGUGACUAUAAGGAAGCCUUUUCUGUAACUAGCAUGAACAAUUUUAAAGCGAAUUGCAAUUUUGCAAAGAAAUCCAAAAGCCAGAAAUAAGAUUAGUUAUUGCAACGAAACCUCAACAGAAAAUAAAGAGAUAGACUACAAACAGUUAAUCACCCAAACUAAUAAUGGUUACAGAAGUUCAAGCAUGACCCUAUUACCAGAGAUUCUUAAGUUCAUAGAUCAUGCUGGAACUGCCUUAAUUCAGUCAGAAUGAGAGGUAAUCUCCAAUAUUGGAAUUCUCAAGGUAUUUAAAAGUAAAAUUAAGAAUACACAAAACGUAACAGAUCUUCUCCUAUCCGAGCGUAGCUUCUUACUCAAGCUCGUAAUCUACCUUUCCAAGUGAUGUUUGGAUUUACAAAAUGACCUAAAAAAUGCUCAUGGCCAAAGCCAGGAGGUUAGCCAUACCAGUAAUUCUAAGCAUAACUCAAAAAUUGCUUUAAAAUGCCUUCAGGAGAACACUGUCAGCGAGGAAGAAGUAGUCGAACUUAAGAAGCAAGUCAAAGAACUGGAGAAUUGCAACUCAAAGUUGAUCUAUCAGAGCUUUCUAAAUGACAUACGUGGUAUGAAUGUAGAGAAAGGCAAACAUAAGCUGCCAAGACAGAUGUCUCAUAAGCUGACACAACCAAGGUCCAGACUUCCUUCUGAGAGAUGAGACUCUCUUUAUAAGAUGAUAGAGAAGUUAUCACAGAGCUGUGGAAGGACUAGUCCUGGUGGGAAUGCUACUGAAGAGCCUAAAGUAUCAGCUCUUUAUUAUAAAAGGAAAAACACUUGCAGUUUCAGUUUUAACCAAAAAGAAGGGCCAAACCAGAGAAAGAUGAAAGGGAAAAGGUCAUCUAGAAUCAAGACAGAUCUCUCAUAUUUCAUCAAGUCUGGGGAACAGAAGCCAUCAGAUAUGAAUCGGGUUCAUACGAAAUGCUCUUUUGCCAGAACGCCUGAGCCAAAUACAGAUAAUACUGCAACAAGAGAGGAAAGUGGGGAUAUGGAGAACUACCAGACUCCCCAGUUGCACUCAAUCAAGAUGAAUCAGCCUGAAAAACACCAGGAGAACACUAUGCCCAAAUAUAAAAUUUCCUUGAAACCCAACACAGAUGAAAAACAACUGGAAGAGCUAGACUCCUUCCUUGAGGAAGAGCACAAGAUUCAUGAAGAAAUUUUAGAUAAAGAAGUGCUUAAAAUUGAAGAUCUUGAUGACAUUUUGGUCCAGAAUGCCACUGAUGAGCAGGGGAUUCAAAACGCAAUGGACACCAACAUAAAGCUCAACCUGCUUAAUAUCAUAAAUAAUGAUAAGAUUGAAACCCAACUGCUUGAGGAGAGUGGGAUUCAUGAAGAAAAUGUUACUGAUGAUGGAAAUGAAGGAAAUUAACAUUGCCAAUCUUAACAAUAUUAAUGCAUUAGGAACAACUGGGCUACCUACGCAAGAGAUGAAGACUUCAAGCCAUUUUAGUGCGCUUAAAAAUAAGAACUUCAAGAAAUCUGUAGAUGUUAGGAACAAUAGUAGAGGGGCCACCUUCUGAAAGAACUACUCACUCAAAGAGAAGAAGAUUAAACCCGGUCAGAAGUUGGAAAAAGCUGUCAGUGAACAUAAUAUCCAUUCCGGUGCUCUUGUUAUUCCUAUUAAGAGCAAGAAGCCUCCAAUGAAGGCAUCCUCCAAGAGAUGUGAAAAUCGGGUCACCACUCCGAUCCCUGAUCAGAAGAAGAGCUGCAAGCUCAAGGGUACAAAGUAUAUUGAAAUCAGUAUACUUGACAAGAAGGUCGACAAAAGAUCAUUGAAAGGCGAAAAGGCAGAUUUGUUUAUCGGCAAGCCACCCUCCAACUUAUCUGAGAGAGCCUCCUCUCAAAUCCUAAAGAACAAGCAAAAGCAUUCUUUCAAAGAUCGGAUGGAGAACCAUAAGCGAGAAAGACCUUGCUCUAAGAAAUACAAGAAAGAAAUCACUCCUCAAAAGCAUCAUAUUGAUAAUGAAGAGUAUGGGAUUCGGAAAUCACGCACUCAAAGAAAGAAUCAGAUGCAAUUGAUUGAUAACUUUGAAAACGAGAGUAAUCAUGAGACUAUGAACACAGAAAGGUUAGCGAUUAACAACAUGCCAAGAUUAAGUAAAAUGCCAAAGCAAAUGCAUUCUUCAUCUAAAUCAAUAGCUUGGAAAUCUGGAAAUAACCUGCAGAAUGAGGCACAAGACGAGUCAAAUACUCAGAAAAUGUCCAUGGGUAUACACCAAGCGUUGAAAAAGAAAGCAGGUGCAAGUUCUUUGUCAAGAAAUCAGGCUUCAAAUACCCUUUAUCCGAUCACUCAUGGGGGAAAGGAUGCCAAUAGGACUACCAGCCAUGCUUUCGGUGAGAAGAUCAGAGACCCCCGACAGAUGACGAUGUCUUCUAGAUAUGUUGCCAAAUCGCUGAUGCCAACACUAAAUUCUAAGUAAAGCAUAUUAGUAGGCUUUGGCACCAGGAAAAUUAGCAUCCUCCAUUUUUAUAGGGAAAUUAUG